UGCUAAAAUGAAACUCCUCCCAGUAAGCGCGCUUGGGUUUCGCUAGGGUUUUGCAGACCGAGAGAGAGAGAGAAAGUGAUGGAGAUUGAUGGAGGGGAAGCGGCUCGGCAGGUCCGAGUCCGUUUCAUCACGAAGCUCCCCCAUACUCUCCGAGUCUCAUCCGCUUCAAUAACCCUUCCGUCCGAUGUCACUCGAGCCCAGCUCUCUAACGUCGUCAAUACCCUGCUUAACACUGGUGAGCACGAAGUUUUUGAUUUUAUUGUUGAUGGCGAAUUGGUUCGCGUGCCACUUGAAAAGAUUCUCAUUGCCAAGGGCAUUUCUGCGGAGAAGGUGCUUGAUAUAGAAUACUUCCGGGCUGUGGCCCCCCGGAGGCAACAAGAACCUGAAUUACAUGAAGACUGGGUCAGUGCUGUUGAUGGUUCCAAUCCAAGUGUCAUAUUGACUGGAUGCUAUGACAGUUUUGGAAGAUUAUGGAAUUCCAGUCGAUUAUGCACACAUAUACUAGAGGGGCAUACUGAUGCAAUAACUUCUGUCUGUAUCAUCAAUUCUAAAGCUGAUGAGAGUAAUGACAGCUUCCAUGUCACUACUGCUUCAAAGGAUCGGACUCUGAGACUGUGGAAGUGUGAUGCAACUGAUGGCCCAUAUCCUAGAAGGAUUAGAGCAGUUAAAGUUCUGAGAGAGCAUACAUCAGCCGUUCAAAGUGUCUCAGCAGGGCCUUUUGGAAAUAUGGUGUGCUCAGGUUCAUGGGACUGUUCAAUUAAGUUGUGGCAAUCGGACUAUCCCAAUAUGGAAGGUGAUUCAGUGUUGAUAAAAAAGAGAAAGAUGGACAACAAUGCGGCUGCACGUGAAGAGGCUCUUUCAGAGGAGGGUGCUAUAUCUACAUUUCUGGGGCAUACACAAUGUGUAUCCUGUAUUGUCUGGCCGGAGCAGGAAACCAUCUAUUCUGCCUCUUGGGAUCAUUCUAUUCGUAUGUGGGAUGUGGAAAUUGGCAAAGACACUGUGAAUAUGGUUGGAGGGAAGGCUUGGAAUUGCCUUGAUGUUGGUGGUGAAAGCUCAGCCCUUAUUGCUGCUGGUGGUUCUGACCCUGUUUUGAGGAUUUGGGAUCCACGGAGACCAGGAAAAUUGGAUCCUGUCUACAACUUUGCAUCCCACAGGUCAUGGAUUACAGCUUGCAAGUGGCAUCCUAGGUCAUGGUUUCAUCUGGUAUCAUCAUCACAUGAUGGGAAGGUGAUGUUAUGGGAUUUGAGAGCACAGUUUCCUUUGGCCGUAAUAGAUUCACACAAGGACAAGGUACUAUGUGCAGAUUGGUGGAAUGGUGACAGUGUAAUUAGUGGGGGAGCAGAUGGAAAGCUUUGCAUUUCUUCUGAAAUUUGUAUACCAUAAGAGUAUAAUGCUUCAGAAUUGACUCAGCCCCAGUUUCAGCUCAUUUAAGAGGAAGAUAAACGAACUACUGCUUCAGGCAAGAAAUCACAUCAUACAAGGUAUGGUGAGUUUCCUUUUUGUUUCUGGGAAGAUUCACUGAGGCUUUUCUAUCGUCAAAUAAUCGAUCACGCAUGAAAAGAAGUUCUUGUGGAGGAGAGGCAACUGAUUUUGUGGAUUGACAAGACAUUUGGCUUUUAAUUAUCUGAAUAUCCUUACUAUACUGAUAUUAUAGGCUGUGUACUUUUGGAGAGCUUGAAACACUCGUAAUUUCAGGAGGUGUACAUGCACGCAGCAAAUUUGAAUUAAUGUAUUAAUGUACUUGUGAGCUAUUGAAUAUGAGACAUUGUAAAAUCUUAUUUCGAGGAUUUGAUAUAGCUGAUUUGCCUUUCCUUGGAA